AUGCUGGAAAUUUCGGAGCCUUGGACUGUGCAUCUGUCCUCAAUGCUCACAUGGUUAAUCAAAACCGAGUUAAAGAUUUAG